AGUAUUCGCGAGUCAGUGACAGCUAAAAUCUCAAAACAAAAAGUUUGUCUCUCGCAAAAUUUGUGAAAAAUUAGUUAAAACAAAUGCAAAUAAUGGAUGUAGAUGAAGAUGCAUCAUCUAUUUGCGAGUCUACGGCUUCGCUUACGGAAGGAUGCAGACUCCCAGUACGGAUGAAUGGCACAAAUGACUGGCCACUGGCUGAAAUAAUUAGCGUUAAGGAUCACACAGAGCCAAAACUCUUCUAUGUGCACUAUGUAGACUUUAACAAGAGACUGGAUGAGUGGGUGAGUGAAGAUUUUAUGGAUACGAGAAAAGUACAAUUUCCGCGGCGCGAUGGUACAACCACGGGACAAAAUACGGGUGUUACGACACCCAAGAAGCAACCAACAGUACCAACGACGGGUACAACGUCACGUCCCGUAAGUCCUGUAACACCAUCCAGUGAACUCGUCAAUGGGAGUGCAGUUCUUGCGGCAGCGCUGCAAAAGAAAAUGAGUAGGAAAAGAAAGUUGAGCACUGUUGCUCCAGUAAGCACUCCAGUGCCAACCACCCCGUCCGUAGUAGAACCUGAGGAGAAUUCCCAGGAUGGAUCAAAGCAGCUGACACCUCGACAAUCUGGCAGCUUGGUUGCCCAUCACGACGAUGUUGUGACACGAAUGAAGAAUGUUGAAAUGAUUGAGCUGGGUAUUCAUCGGAUAAAGCCAUGGUAUUUUGCACCAUACCCCCAGGAGCUCUGUCAGAUGUCCUGCAUUUACAUCUGUGAGUUCUGCCUCAAAUACCGCAAGAGUAAAAAGUGCCUCGAGAGGCACAUAAAGAAAUGCAAUUUAAAGCACCCGCCUGGAAAUGAGAUCUAUCGCAAGGGUACAAUAUCCUUCUUUGAAAUUGAUGGAAGAAAAAAUAAGGUCUAUGCGCAGAAUUUGUGUCUCCUUGCGAAGCUCUUUCUCGACCACAAGACUCUCUACUACGACACCGAUCCUUUCCUCUUCUACGUAAUGACUGAAUUCGAUAGCCGGGGCUUCCACAUUGUGGGGUAUUUUUCGAAAGAGAAAGAGAGCACAGAGGAUUACAAUGUUGCAUGUAUUCUCACAAUGCCACCGUUUCAGCGGAAAGGCUACGGAAAGUUACUUAUUGAAUUUAGCUAUGAACUAUCCAAAUUCGAGGGAAAAACUGGCUCGCCCGAGAAGCCACUCUCAGACCUUGGACUGUUAUCCUAUCGUAGCUAUUGGGCUCAGACAAUCCUCGAGAUUCUCCUGGCACAGAAGCCAACUGGAGAUCUCGAGAAGCCACAAAUAACAAUCAACGAAAUCUGUGAAUUAACCAGUAUAAAGAAGGAGGAUGUUAUAUCCACUCUACAAAAUCUCAAUUUAAUUAAUUACUACAAAGGCCAAUACAUUGUCUGCCUCACAGCGGAUACUAUUGAGCAACAUACGCAAGCAAUGGAGAAGAGAAAAGUACGGAUUGACCCAAAAUGUCUCCACUGGACACCGAAAGAUUGGUCAAAACGGUCAAAGUGGUGAUGACAUCCAAAAUUUGUUAAAAAUUUUAACGUGUUUCAUUAUUUAAUUGUGUGUCCACGUGUCCGUAUUGAGAAAUUGUAUUUUAAAAACAAAAAUCAUCAUUGUACAUUCAAUGCAAACAUUAGUUAUGUAAUCUAGUAGUAUACAUAGUUAAUAAUUUAGAUUUAAUUAAAGUAGAUUUUAGGGGAUAAAAAAUUCUUUUCCGGAAGGCAAUUUGGAGAACAAACUACAAUUUAAUGUUAUGUUUUUAUAACUACAUAAACAAAAAAAAAGAAAGGUUGAGAUUUCAGGAAUUAAUUGUGUACCAUAGAAAGAAAAGAAAAGCUAUAAAAGUACUGUACAGUUGCUAAAAAAAAUUCUGUCGAAUUUGUAAAAUUUAGAAAAUUAAAUUAUUUUAAUCGCCUAA